AUGUUGAACUUCUAUAACAUUUUGAUCUUGGCAUUCUGCGGUUUUGGAAUGGCUGAUAUUUUUGGACCAAUUUCCGAUCAUUUCGUGAAUCAUCUCAAUAAGUGAGUUUUAAAUACAUCGAAAAUGAAUAAUUAUUUCUGUUUUUUUAAGAAAACCAAAACGAAAUGAUAAUUUGAUUCGACAAAUUAAAGCAACUGGUGAAACUGGAUCUUUCGGUGGUAAAAUCUUGGCUGAAGAAAAGGUAAGAAAUUGAAAAUUGAAAUUGUGAAAACAAUGUUAUAUUUUGAAGAUUAAUCAUACACCAAUCAUAUUCAUUCAUGGAAAUUCUGACAGUGCCUUGAAACACGGUGAUAAUAUUUUCCAAGGAGGAUGGAAUGGGCUGUUGGAGUACUUUUUGGCACGUGAUUAUAGUUUGUCCGAGCUUUAUGGAAUCACUUACGGUGAUAGAAACAUCAUGAGCUCAUUUAAUAGGUUAGUUUUUGGAGUUUAUUUCGCUGGAAAAUUUUUAUGAAUCUCUUUUAUUUUCAGAAAGUUUGAUUGUGAAACUUUGAUGAUGCAUAGAAGAUUUAUUGAAUCAGUUCUUCAAUACACAAAAAGUGAAAAAGUGAACAUCAUUGCUCAUUCGAUGGGCGUUUCUAUUGCUAGAAAAGUUAUUCAAGGUGGAAUCUUCGAAUUCAAUGAUGAAAAAUGUGAUCUUGGUGCGAACAUCGCAAAUAGCAUAGAAACUUUUAUCGCAUUAGCUGGAGCAAACUAUGGAAUGUGUCCCUGCGAAGCAGCCAUUUCUUUUGCGGCAUGUGGAACAAAGGUAAAAUAAAGACAAUAAAUGAACAUUACAUCAUUGUUUUGCUUUUAGACUGGCUUCUUUCCUGGAGAAUGUCCUUCAUCAACUUGUUCGAGUCAAGAAGUUUCGGAAGAAAUGAAUAAAUGUGCAACUGUGAAGUAUUCGCAGUUUUUGACAAGUUUGAAUGAAAAUCAAGAUAACAAAAAAGAUGCGAUGUUUGUUGCAAGUUUCUGGAGUGAUGAUGAUGAAGUUCUUGGAAAAGGAAAUAUGGUUUGGGGUAAACAUACAUCAUUGGUUCCAAAUUCGGACAUUAAGAAAAUCUAUCGAGGUUUAAAACAUCUUGAAAUGAAAACUUUGACUGCUGCUGAUCAAUACAAUCUUAUUCGAAGAGCUGAUGCGAUUGAAAAAGAAUUGGAAGCAAACACCAUCUAA